AGGCAUUUAUUACACUGACAAGCUUUAAAGCAUAUGAAGACAGAUAAUGUGCUCCUAGGGCCUUUAGCACUGUAAAUAUUCGCUAAACAGUCACUCACUGAAGAGCAGAAGGGGCGGGGAUAGAAGUCGGAGCUAAUCGAAUAAAGACUUACUGACCUUUAUUCCACCCGUCUUGCAUACCUGAGCAGCUGGUGAAAUGGGCACACAAACAGCUGAAAAAGUCAUCAAGUGUAAGGCUGCUGUUGCUUGGGAAGCAGGAAAAAUAUCCAUUGAAGAAAUAGAAGUUGCUCCUCCAAAAGCCCAUGAGGUCCGCAUUAAGAUCGUUGCUACUGGUGUUUGCCGUUCUGAUGCCUUCGGUUUAAGUGGUGUUGAUCAACUAGUAACAUUUCCUGCCAUUCUUGGCCAUGAGGGAGCUGGCAUUGUUGAGAGUGUUGGGGAAGGUGUAACUGUAGUCAAGCCAGGAGACAAAGUCAUUCCUUUAUACAUGCCUCAAUGUAGGGAAUGUGGAAGCUGCCUGAGUUCUAAAACCAAUAUGUGCUCAAAGCUUCGAAACACAAACAAGUUAGGCUUAAUGCCUGAUUCCACUACCAGAUUCACAUGCAAAGGACAGGCAAUUCACCAUUUCCUGGGUACUUCCACCUUCGCGGAGUACACAGUCGUUGCAGAUGUCUCUCUUGCUAAAAUAGAUGAUGCCGCACCUUUGGAGAAAGUCUGUUUGAUUGGAUGUUGCAUUCCUACUGGAUAUGGUGCAGCCCUCAACACUGCUAAGGUUGAACCUGGCUCGACUUGUGCUGUGUUUGGUUUGGGAGGCGUUGGCCUUGCAGCUGUUAUGGGAUGUAAAGCAGCUGGUGCAUCAAGAAUUUUUGGUAUUGAUAUAAAAAAGGAGAAGUUUGAGAAGGCUAAAUUGAUGGGUGCCACUGACUGUCUAAGUCCUGAAGAUUAUGAAAAACCCAUUCAUGAAGUGUUGAUCGAAAAAACUGGUGCUGGUGUAGAUUAUGCAAUUGAGUGUAUCGGUAAUGUGGAUGUAAUGAAAUCUGCUGUGGAUGCCUGCCGCCCAGACUGGGGAACUGCUGUUAUUAUUGGUAUAGCCGCACCUGGAAAGUCUAUCUCAAUUGUUCCAGUUAAGCUCUUAUUUGGGUUUACACUGAAAGGGUCAAUUUUUGGAGGUUGGAAGAGUGCUGAUGCUGUACCUAAGCUAGUAUCAGAAUACCUUAACAAUAAACUGAAAGUGGAUGAAUUUAUUAGCCACAGUAUGCCUUUUGACAAAAUCAAUGAGGCUUUUGAACUGUUGAACAAUGGACAGAGCCUCCGAAGUGUGCUACUGUUUUGAGGUUUCCUAACCUAAGAUGUCCUUAUCUAACUAUUCUACAUUAACAAGAAUUGUCAAAUAACUAACAGAUGAAAGACACUAUCGUUAUGAAAAAAGAGAAGAAAGGAUUGUCCAGAAAUGUUAAUGGGUGCAAAUUACUGUACAAGAACAUGCCAUUUAUUUACUAUAGAGUGGUAACUCAUAAGAAAUGCCAAGGUAAAAAUAUUGCAGAAACAGUGUAUACAGUAUACUUAUACCUUGUUACUUCAUGCAAAUAAUUAUGCAUGUGUUCAUAAUAAACUGAUAAACUCACA